CAACUUUCCAUGACAGCGUACUCGAGAUGCAGGUGAUCCUCGCGGAACUCAUCUCGAAAUUCGUCUUUUCGAUCCCCAGCGAUCCCGCGCUCCAGGUUCGCAGCCAAUUCACGAAUACUUUGCUGCCGUGCAACGACCAGGGAGAGAAAGGCGCGUGGCUCUGCGUCGAACGCGUCGUACAAUAGCGUGCUUCCGUUUUCGUAUCCUGGGGAGUUUGAAGCGAGCAGCAUACAACCGUACCGUGAAAUGAAGAAUACGAUAAGAAAUUUGUACUGUGAUACAUUGAGCUAGAUGGCUUGCGUGCGCGAGGAUGUCAAGAUUCGCGUGGGCAGUGAGAUUAAUCAAAAACCGCCCUCCUAUGAUAUAACCGGUCAGGACACUAGCAACACCACAAGCUGGCACUGACACACCUGGAAGAUGUGCCCGAUGACCUCGUCGCCAUCCUCCAUGUCAAGCUAGAUGAUCAAGCGGACCCCGACUCAGCCCCAAUCUCCGGAAAAAACAUACGCAGAAUCUCGCCUCUUCUGCAGUGACGUCUCCUCCGCGGACAUUCGACCCGUCGUAUUCGAACCGGAUCGAUUCUGCAAAUGAAUCACGCGAGGGAUCAGGAUCCUUGAUUGUCGGAUGGGCUUUCCGGGAGACUGACUGCGCUCGAGAUUCAUCUUUUCCUGUGGAGGCGUGGAACGAUGGCAUGAGCACACGGGCCGCAUCAGAACACAUUGUCAGCCAGUCGAUCCGAGCACGCACGCAAAACAUGAUCAGCAGUUUCUCCAGCGGCUUGGUUUUCUUGUACAGGAAGAUCAACUCUGUCCGGACGCUUGGGGGCGGUUACAGAGACAUCGGCUGAGGCAAGUGCCCACUUUUCUGGUUGAAGGAGACCGUGAUGUGCAGCUUGGAGAUAUCGGGCUUGACGUCCUUGUCAGCGGCAGCGGCCAUGGAUGGAUGGCGGCGACUCGAGAGUGGUUUGACGUGCUGUGACUGAUAGCCGGGUCACGAUGCACUUCUUCCUCCUGGUCACACUUGGCACCAGCCUCUGACCUUGGACCGCAGGCCCCAGCGGCGACUUGUCUGUUCGAGCACAACCACUUGUCCUGGAUGACUCGAAGACGGAUUGUGCCACUUUUCCCCCGACUAUCUCCGCAGCAGGAGAACAGUUGGGAGUCAUCAAAGGAAGCUUCCAAGGGAUCUGUAGUCACUGACAUUGUUUCUUGUCUAUCAUCUCAGUUCGUUGCGCGUCUCAGCAGCCACGUUUACGUGCACCGGUUCCAGCAAGGAUCUAUGCAUGGACCGUCCCGCGCCUCCCGUUGAUUGAUGGAUUCAAUACCACCCGCAUUUCAAAAGUACUCAUCUCACCCCUCUCCGCAUCGGCACUGUCCCCCCCACCGCUAGCGAUGUCGCUGUCGACAAUGACACUAUACGAGUUCAUGCUCGAGCGGGAGGAUGCGCAUCUCGCCUCACCGUGGUUCGUCGAUGCCCAGUCCGGCAGGGCAAUAACCGGCGCGGACAUCAAGGCGCGGACGGACGCGCUCACGCGGGGGCUGCAAGCCGUGCUGGGGCUGGGCACACACACGAGCGCCGUCCACGCGCACGAGGCGUGCGGCAUCCGCGACGUCGCAGCGAUCGUGUCGCCCAACGCCGUCGACUUCGGGACCGUCGUGUGGGCCGCACACCGCCUGGGAUGCACGGUUGCCUCGUGCACCGGCGGGAGCACCGUGGACGAGCUUGUUCACCAGUUCACCCUGUCGGAUGCCAGGACCGUGUUUGUGCACUCGGAUGCGCUUGACAGAGUCUUGGAAGCGGCCGCUAAGUGUGGGAUCACUCCUGGUCAUAUUGUGGCGUUCUCCGAUCAGUCUGAUUGGUCGCUUCCGGACCAGUAUCAAGAGGCUGGCAUUCAUACACUCGACGGAUUAGUCCAGUGUGGCUUGGGCUUGCUUUCGCGCCCUUUCGAUGUCGUGUCGAGUCCCGUCGCGUUUCUCUGCUUCAGCAGCGGAACGACGGGAUUACCCAAGGCUGUUAUCGUCCCGCACAGCUCCAUAAUUGCGAAUGUAAGCCAGGUGAAGAACUCGGCUGUCCCGACAGCAUGUUCCAGUCCGGGCGACCGCUCACUGGGUGUCAUUCCGUUCUCUCACAUGUUCGGCCUGGUGACUCUGGUACACCUCUGUCCCUACAUCGGCGUCGCCACUGUCGCCUUCAAGAGCAUGCCGUCCUUUCCCGUCUUCCUCGAGACCGUCGUGCGCCUGCGCAUCGCGCACCUGUUUCUCGUCCCGCCCCUGGUCAGCGCUUUUGUCAAGCACCCCGCAACGGCCAACGUGGACCUCCGCUUCUUCAAGUCCGCCAUGAUCGCUGCGGCGCCGCUCGAUGCGGAGAUGGAGAGCGCGUUCCAGCGCGUGGGUGGACCCGGGUUCAUCGUCACGCAGGGAUUCGGGAUGACGGAAUGCGGAGGGCUGAUCACUGCGCUGCCGCUCGGAGCAGAUCCGCUGCCGGGCUCUGUGGGUCGGGUGCUCGAUGCGACGGAGAUCAAGAUCACUGACGCACGGGGGAACGAGAUGCCGGCUGGAGAACGGGGCCUCCUUUCCGUGCGCGGGCCACAGCUGUGUCCGGGCUACCUGAACAACCCAGCUGCGAACAGCGAGAGCUUCGACGCGGACGGCUUCCUGCUCACCGGCGAUAUCGCGUAUCGGGACCCGGACGGGUACAUCUUCGUCGUCGAUCGGAAGAAGUAUAUCAUCAAAAACAAGGGCUUUCAGGUCUCUCCUGCGGAGCUGGAGGCGCAUCUGCUGGGCAUGGACGUCGUGCUGGACGCGGGCGUGAUCGGCAAACCCGACGCGCGUGCCGGCGAAGUCCCCGUCGCGUUCAUCGUUCUCUCCGCCUCGGGGGCCGCCGAGGAUCCGCGUGUGGUGAAGGAGACGAUCAAGAACUCGGUCAAGCAGGCCAAGUCGAGCUACAAGUGGCUGCACGACGUUUAUAUCGUGGAAAAGAUCCCGAGGCUGGCGUCUGGCAAGAUCAUCGCCCCCCUGCUGAAGCAGAUGCUCAACGACACACUCAUCUUGGCGCAGCCUCCGCCCGCCAAGUCUCGAAGGACGGCUUGGUGGCCGGUCCUUCGUCGAUUGUGGGCCCGUAACAAGCUGGCCCCGGUUUGAUUGUCCAGCUCGUCGUUAUCCCUAGAAUGUUACCUAUGCAUGUAUUUAUUGACACACAGACUGUCUGUACAACCCCGCUUUACUUAUCGUCGAGUUACAUAUAUGCUUGCUUGUAUCCGGCACAUCCCGUUCAGCAAUGGCCCCGCUUGAAAACAUAGGUCGUCAGACUCUCAGCCUUGAGAGGCAGCGUGUAAACACUUGGACUCGAUUUGGCACCGGGAGCAAUCGCCGCAAAGUCCUCCGUGGCACUCGUGCGCACGGCGGACAGCGGGCAGACGUGCCCGUGGAAGGUCACGUCCAGCGCCGAGUCGGUGCUGUUCGGGUUCAUGAGCAGCAGCGAGUAGGUCUUCUCCGAUGCGACGGCCAUCAUGUACUCCUGGACGUCCGGCCCGACGAGCGGGUGGCGGACCG